GGUGCGUGGGCCGCGAUAAACCGGGGAGUCCAGCCCUGGAAUUUACUACUGUGGUGGUAAAAUAUCGAUGCGUUCGUGCGUCUCGGACUCUCUGGGAUUAUAUAACCACAAGCGCCAGACUGCGCUUCCGUGCUUUUACUUGUAUAGUCUACGUCGAAUCCGUCCGACUCUCCAGGGCCACAAAUGGGUGACAAGGACGAGAAGAGCCCCGCCGGAGUCAAAUAUUACAGACUGUCAGAGAUCGAGCAGCAGAACUCGUUCAAAUCUACCUGGAUCAUCAUCCACCACAAAGUCUACGAUGUCACCAAGUUUCUGGAGGAGCAUCCUGGAGGAGAGGAGGUGCUGCGGGAGCAGGCUGGAGGAGACGCCACCGAAAGCUUCGAGGACGUGGGACACUCCACUGACGCCAGAGAGAUGGCCAGCGACAUGGUGAUAGGAGAGCUGCACCCGGACGACAGACACAAGAUCGCCAAACCUGUGGAGACUCUGGUGACCACUGUGAGGGACGAGUCCAGCUGGUGGUCAAACUGGCUGAUCCCAAUCCUGGCGGCGGGCAUCGUCACGCUGAUGUACCGCUGCUACAUGACAAACAGCGAGUGACAUCAUCAGGCAGCGAGUGACAUCAUCAGGCAGAGUGACAUUAUCAGGCCUGCAGCUGUGAUGUCAUCAACAGGCAGUACAACUCUUGAUUGACAGCUUCUCCGGCCAAUGCUGGCCCCUCCCCCCCGGGAGGCGGAGACUGGACACUAACUCUACGCUGCUUCUUUAAUACCCAUAAUCCCUUUCACCCAGUUUAACCAACCAAUCACGCGGCAUUAUGUUAAUGAAGUCAUUUAUGUUGCACCUAUCUACAGUGGAUGUAUAAUUAGUUUAUUUUUUUAUAUCUAUGUAACUGAAUGUAAAUGAACUUAAAUACAAGCCUGUGCCACACAAAGUUUGUUGAGCUCACAAUGUCUGAAGUGUAAUUGUUGCUCCUCCGUCAGGCGCCUUCGGAUCAGAAUAACUUCACACGUCCGACUUUACUCGAAGCUCUGAUUCUCUGAUUUAACGGAGGCUGUGGAGGAGAAACCGCUCGUUAGUCACGACUGAAAUCAAACACGAAUUCACUGGUAAAACGGAACAAAUCAAUAAACAGAACAAGUGCCUUUUCAGGGAAAGUGGAGUCUGAGUCAGGGAUCAGAAGCUUCAUGAUGCAAUAAAUGAUCAUAAAUGACUAAAUAUUAUAACAAAUAAAGUUAUAAAUGAUUAUAAUAAAUGAAGUUUUGGUUGUGGA